CCCCACCAUCUGCCCCGCGACGCGCUCACUCGCUUGCUGCUAUACAUAGCUCACGUCACCGCGCGUUUCCAGUGUCCACCCGCGCUCUCACGCAGGCAGAAAACCUCAAGAUCCAAACACCAUGCGACCAUUCGCACCACUACCUCUUCGGCUGCUCCGCAGCAGUCCUCGCAACCCCAUAAUCCGGCACAUCACCAGCGCACCACCACCCCAAAAGCCCGUAAUAGUCAUUUCCGGCCCCUCAGGCUCCGGCAAAUCCACGCUCCUCUCGCGGCUCUUCCGCACUCACCCGCAAGCAUUCGGCUUCUCGAUCUCGCACACGACGCGCGGACCCCGCCCCGGCGAGACGAACGGCCGGGAAUACCACUUCACCACUCCGGCCGCGUUCGGGGAGCUGGCGGAGACCGGCGCGUUUAUUGAGCAUGCGACGUUCGCGGGAAAGAGCUACGGGACCAGUUAUGAGGCUGUGAGUGAGGUCUUGGAAGCCGGGAGAGCUUGUGUUCUCGAUAUCGAAAUGGAGGGCGUGAAACAGGUCAAGUCUUCGACACUCCCGGCGAAAUUCGUGUUUGUCAAGCCGCCGAGUGUGGAGGAGCUUGAAAAGCGGCUGAGAGCCAGAGGCACCGAGACCGAGGACGCGGUGCGGAAGAGGUUAGAUGCCGCGUUAACGGAGUUGGCAUUCGCCGAGCAGGCAGGAGCUCAUGAUAAAAUCGUUAUAAACGAUGAUGUGGAUCGGGCAUAUGCAGAUCUGGAGGAGUAUAUCAUGACGCUUGUGAAGUAGAUACCAUACGAGUCAUCCGACUGAGGCAGU